UAGGGCUUUAAGGGGCGUGCCCGCGGGCGGCCGGGGUCCUCCGGGGAUUAGCGCAGGGUGGGCUCGCUUCUCGCGCCGCCAUUUCUCUGCGUUUUCGGAGACCCGUCCUCCCGUCGGGCUGGCUGGGCGUCUGUCCCCAAGGGUCGCGCUCGCUUGUCGUUGUGGUCUCUGUCGCUACACGGUCUUCACCCCUCAGUAAAGUGGCAGAAAUGCUGAGCUUCCUGAGAAGAACGCUUGGCCGCCGGUCUAUGCGUAAACAUGCUGAGAGGGAGCGACUCCGAGAGGCACAGCGUGCUGCCACACACAUUCCUGCAGCUGGAGAUGCCAAGUCCAUCAUCACAUGCAGGGUGUCCCUUCUGGAUGGUACAGAUGUUAGUGUGGACCUGCCGAAAAAAGCCAAAGGCCAGGAGCUGUUUGAUCAAAUUAUGUAUCACCUGGACUUGAUUGAGAGUGACUAUUUUGGUCUGAGAUUCAUGGAUUCAGCCCAAGUAGCUCAUUGGUUGGAUGGUACAAAAAGCAUCAAAAAGCAAGUAAAAAUUGGUUCACCUUAUUGUCUUCAUCUUCGAGUUAAGUUUUAUUCCUCGGAACCAAACAAUCUUCGUGAGGAGCUAACCCGGUAUUUAUUUGUUCUGCAAUUAAAACAAGAUAUUCUCAGUGGGAAAUUAGAGUGUCCCUUUGACACAGCCGUUCAGUUGGCCGCUUAUAAUCUGCAAGCUGAACUUGGCGACUAUGAUCUUGCUGAACAUAGUCCUGAACUUGUCUCUGAGUUCAGAUUUGUGCCUAUUCAGACUGAAGAGAUGGAGCUGGCUAUUUUUGAGAAAUGGAAGGAGUACAGAGGUCAGACACCAGCACAAGCUGAAACCAAUUAUCUGAAUAAAGCCAAAUGGCUAGAAAUGUAUGGAGUUGAUAUGCAUGUGGUCAAGGCUAGAGAUGGGAACGACUAUAGCUUGGGACUAACUCCAACAGGAGUCCUUGUUUUUGAAGGAGAAACCAAAAUCGGCUUGUUUUUCUGGCCCAAGAUAACCAGAUUGGAUUUUAAGAAGAAUAAAUUAACUCUGGUUGUUGUGGAGGAUGAUGAUCAGGGUAAAGAACAAGAGCAUACCUUUGUCUUUAGACUAGAUCAUCCAAAGGCCUGCAAACACCUAUGGAAAUGUGCAGUGGAGCACCAUGCCUUCUUCCGUCUCCGAGGACCUGUCCAAAAGAGUUCUCAUCGAUCGGGAUUCAUUCGACUAGGAUCACGAUUUAGAUAUAGUGGAAAAACUGAAUAUCAGACCACAAAAACUAACAAAGCAAGAAGAUCGACCUCCUUUGAAAGAAGGCCCAGCAAGCGAUACUCCCGGCGGACCCUACAGAUGAAAGCAAGCACAACAAAACCUGAAGAUCUUGGUGUUCAUAAUACUUCAGCCCAGAAUAAUGACUCCCAACAGGCUUGGGGUGUGAGGUCUCCUGUGCCUGUUCUCCCUUCCUCAACCUCUGGUCCUGUGCUGGUGGAAAUAGAGAAUCUUCCGCAGAAUUCUGCAGCAAACCAACACGACAGGAAAUGGUUGCCUCUGAAUGUUGAAUUGGUGAAUAGCCCAGACUUACUAGAAACAACCACUGGUGAUGUAACAAGGACAUCAAGUACUUGGGAAACAUCCCCAGCACCAGAUGAUAUUAAUGUAGCCACCAGAUCAAAUGAAUUAGAGGAGCCCAAAGUGGAAUGUGAGCCAUUAAAUGAUGACACAGAGAAGCUUAAACAGCUCGAAAUGGAGCAGAAUAUCUUGCCAUCUCCUCGACCUCCCAUUGACAUUAAUGUCAACAGCCAGGAAGAAGUGGUAAAGUUGACUGAGAAAUGUCUUAAUAAUGCCAUUGAGAGCCCAGGAAUGAAUGCAGUAAGGGUUCCUCCUGACUUCAAGAGCAAUAUUUUGAAGGCUCAAGUAGAAGCAGUGCAUAAGGCUUCAAGAGAAGAUAGUUUAACUCAAAAGAAUGCCAGCAUUCAGGAUGCUGCCACAAACAGCACUGUAGUGAAUGAAGAUGUGCCCCCGUGCAGAGACUCUCCCACUCCGAUGCAUGCCUCAGCUGCAGACAGUGGGUCUGCACUCAAGGAUGCGACAGAUGAAUUGGAUGCCUUACUUCUUUCUCUAACUGAGAAUUUGAUGGACCACACAGUCACACCUCAGGUGUCUUCGUCAUCCAUGAUCACACCCCGGUGGAUUAUUCCAAGUGCUGCCGUCUCCAACAGGCUCACAGGGUGUGGAACGUCUGUGGCCGGGACCGAAGGGUGUACUAAAGAUGGGUUCUCAAUGAUCUCCCCCCCAGCACCAUUCUUGGUAGAUGCUGUGACCAGCUCUGCUCCUCUGGCUGAAGACCCAGCCUUGAAGCAGAAGUGCUUGCUGACCACUGAGCUCUGAGGGCUGCUGCUCCCCCACGCUACCCCGUCAGCCCUGGAUCCAGCCCAGCGAGUCCUUCACUUGAGGAAAACCUUCUACCUGGAUUUGACUUCAACUCCAUGAAGAAAGUAGCUACAUUUUCCGUCCGACUGGAAGUCUACCCCACAUAACUCCUCUUCAAUCAAUUCCCCGUCAUCGAAAUUCAUUAGUUUCCAUCAAACUCUUGGCUCCACCUAGCGGUCCCAACUGUUUAUAACAGCCUAUGGCAAGACUUGCUGUCCAGAGCCUUUUCCCUGCCAUUUCCUGUGACGUCAGGGUGAGCACACCUGACCUGAAAGCCUGCUGAAGAAACGAGUGGCACCGUCCCUGAAGAGAUGGAAACACUGUCGGUGGAUCCCAGGCCAGCUCUCACAGUCGCAGGACUCCAGGGACGCUGAGAGAUGGAGGCUUUAUGUCGCCCACACUCAGAGGCCUGAGCAGUAGCCAUCUUACUGCUCUGCACUUGUUUCAGAUAUGUUAGGAACUACGGAGUGAGAGAUCAUCUCCAGCCGUGUGCUCCCCAGACCCCUUUCCUAGAGCAAAGAUCUGCAUCACUCCGGUCUGUAACUUUGCAGCGGGGGAGGGAGCAGGUGUCUGGUCAGAGACCUGAGUCCUCCACCUACCGCCUGUGCUGUCCCUCAGGAGCCAGUGGGAGUGCAACCCUAACUGGCUUACAGCUGUGAAGGCCAGCGCAGCAGCGCUGUACACCAGGACCUGGUUAGACACAGUCUCCUGUUCCUUUCCACAUACGCUGAGUGAAAAGAAAACGGAAACACCAGGCAGAGAUGGGGAAUGGUGGCAAGAGGGACCACUAGGCACAGUGUCGUGAAUGAAGGCAGCCUACAUUAGGGUUUGUAUCCACUUUAAAGUUCUCUAGAAUUCCAUAUUCUCCGUACCCAAAGAAGUUCUGAUGUUGUAGUACGUGCUCAUCGUAGAAAGUGUGUGGAUGUGAACCUGAGCCAGCACAGACAGUGACACUAAAGUAGCUCAGGUGUGUGGGCUGGGAGAGGGGGACCUCAGUUGCCAUGGGGACUGGGGAUGACAUGCAGACACUGGGGAAGCCACUGGGGUCGCCCUCUCACCAAACACUGAUGUUAAGCUGUAUCUCCUGAGUUUGCUGUUUUCUGCCUGACAUGUGACAUGUAUAUGGUUGAGCACUCAUUCUUCUCCGCCAAGAGAACAUCCAGCUCUGUGAUGGUUCAGAUGCUGUGAUCUGGACUGCCCUUGGCUUCCCCAUGUGUAUUAUGUGUUCAGGCAAAUGCUCGUGUCUGACUGGGAAGCUUGGGGACUCUCGGCCUUACAGUUUUCAGGGAAGCUGGACAGUUAGAAAGCACUUUUGCGAAAGGAGAUAGAACUGCCCUUCUUGCUGGCUGGCUCCCCUUAGCCAGUAGGCGGCUCAUGCAUUUCCCUGGCAGUAUUUUGCCAGUCCUCGGUAAUAAGACAUUCCUCACAGUGUGGGACCUAGAGCCCGGGGCUUGCUGCAGGACACUGGGCUGGGUCCUGGACGGCCUGCAUGGUCUGCUGCACUGCUGACCAUACAACGGCUAAGGCAUGGUGGCUUAGAAGUCCUACGUGUCUCAUCCUGUUUAGGAUCGAGCACUGUCCUUUCCAGACAGAGUAGCUGAAAGUACCCCCACACCAUCUGUGUCUCCAGGUACAUGAAUUCUUGUAGUCAAAGUAUUGCUAGGGACUUUGUUAGCGGUCCCUUGAACCUCCAGUGAAAAGAAACCCUCUGUCCUACUGUCGAGUCUUAAGUUAGAACUAACGCUCAAGUGAUGCAUUUGCCCUCACACGUCAGACAUACAUCAGACUUGUCAGAGGGAUAGUCUGCCCCUCUGAAAGGGUGGCAGUGUAUCCGACAGACCCGAGGGCACCUGGAAGUGGUAGGUGGGAGUAUGUGAAGCUGUCAAGAAUGGGUAGAGUGAGGCGGAGGUGACAGCCGGGUAAGAAGGCAGCCGGCAGUGAGAGGCUAAGUUAGGAAGGGGCAGCUGCCAGUGCUGGGCUUUUAUGUCACACUGGAGAUAGCGCCCAGCAGCUGUCCUGCCAAGUGCCCAGGGGAGCACCUAGACAGAGUUCACGGUGUGUCCCUGCCUGGGGUUGGUAAGAUGUGGAGGUUACAGUUAGCAGUCCUAGACUCCUCCUCAGCACUGGAAAGGAGUCUGUCUGUCCAUGUAAAUAUGUAAAUGAUCUGGAGACCAGCAGUUCUGUCCACAUGGGCGGCACUCCCUGUUGUCUCUCCUGAUCCUCAGGAGGCUGCUGGACAGAGCCAUGAGCAGACUUCUUAGCUUCUUACAUUGCUUUGAGAAAAUUCUUGUGGAAACGUUCUUUCCAUGUCCUGCUGGCCGACGGUGCUCAGGCACCCUGGGUGUGUCUGUGGAUGAGACCUCUGAGCUGUUUCUAGGAUCUACUGCUUUCUCUUCCUCCCAUUUCUGGCUAAAACUUGGACCUCUCUUCUCUUAACUGAGCCCCAGGAAGUCUUGCCAUUGUUUGCAAAAUUGUGUGCUAGUCGCUCAACUGGUGAAAAACUUGGAGAUUUGUUGUUUGUUUUAUGCUUUUGGAUUUUUUUUUUUUUGAGACAGGGUUUCUCUGUGUAGCUCUGGCUGUCUGAACCCCCUCCAUAGACCAGGCUAGUCUGGAACUCAGAGAUCUGCUUUCCUCAGCCUCCCAAGUGCUGGGAUUAAGGGCAUGCUCCACCACUGCCCAGCAACUUGGCUGUUUUCUAAGCAAGGGUUUUAAGGAACAAAAUCCUUGUCUUCUCAUUUAGUAUCAUUUACUCAUUUGUUGUUUUACUUUGUUCUGCUGUUUUGAGACAGAGUCUCGGUGUGUAGCCCAGGAUGGUCUUAAACUCACAGGAUUCUCCUGUCUCACUUUCCAAAUACAGGAAUUUCAGUCAUGAACUGCCAGACCUAGCGUAUGUUGUAGUGACAAGGUUUUGGUUGGUUGGUUUUGGGUUUUGAGUUGGGAUCAGAGCCAGGGCCUUGGACUGAGAGUGGCCGCACCUGCCUGUAAUCCCAGCACUCAGCAGGCAGAGGUGGGUGGAUCUCUGUGAGCUGCAGGUUGUCUCACUCUGCCCCAUCCAGAGCUGGAGACCACGAACAGUUCGCCACUCAGUUGUGCUGCUGCUGCCCAACAUCGCCAGGGCAGUGCCCGCGGGCAUAGCUAUGCUCUCUGAAGCUUGUUUACAACCAAGCUCCAAGCCAGCGGUUCUCAACCUGUGGGUCACCACACCCUUGAGGGCCACAUAUCCGAUAUCCUACAUAUCAGAUACUGACAUUGUGAUUCAUAACAGUAGCAAACUUAACAGUUAUGAAGUAGCAGCUAAGUAAUUUUGUAGCUGGGGGUCACCACAACAUGAAGGGUCACAGCAUUAGGAAGGUUGGGAACCGUUGCAAGUGCUGCUCCCCGGCUCUGAGAGCAGUGGAGUGCUGCUUGUCCGUGAAGCUGCAAGGUGAGACCAGGUCUCAGCCAUGAGAGUAUCGGUGUGAUCCUGUUAAUCCAUCCCUUGGCCAUGGAGUUGACUGAACUCAGAUACACUUGUAUAAUAAAGAAUGCAUGUUUAUAGAUCAUUUGUACUUUUUUUCUGAAAAAAAAAAUACCUGAGUUUGUAGGCGGUCAGGAUGGACUUUGAGGAAAUAUCCCUGUGCUGCCAGGGUGGGGGAGCUCGGUUUGCCCUGGGGGAACUUGUCCUGAGCUGAGUUCUGCUGUGCUUUAGAAGUUCUUGCUGGAGACUUGCUGGUGGGGCUGCAGUCCUUCCUCUCUCAUUGCAUUGUGGGGGGUGAUACCCACUAAUUCUCAGGAUUUCUUCUUAUCAGAGGAGUGUGUGUGCGUGUGUGUGUGUGUGUGUGUGUGUGUGUGUGUGAGAGAGAGA